GUUGAGCAGUCUGACACCGGUGCUCAACAAUGUCGAAAACAUCCUGGUCUCCCUCACCGGGUCUGCAGGCGACUUGUUCAGCACGUUUGACAGUCCUCCCAGCCAGGUCCAGGGUGCAUUGGAAAUCCUCACGAGCCAGUUCGGCACUUUGACUUCGGGGAUGAACAGUGCACACGUUCGCCUGAACGAAGCUCACACGCCGGACUUCUCACCCAUCCAGGACUUCUUGACGAAGAUCAAGACGAUCGUUUUGCGGGUGCGGUGCCAGUGGUGGCAUCUAUCUAUUUAUUCACUCCUUGACGUUCCGCUCAGACGACGACGCUUGAUAAACAACUUCCUGACAAUACGGACGUGACAAGUUUGCGAGCGACAUUUGAAGCAUUGCAGUCCUCAUUACAGGUCAGUCGAAAGUAACCUGUUGCCGUCCAUUGCUCCUGAUUUGCUGCUCUAGACCUUGGUAACCGAGAUGUCCA